GCGAGCAACGAAAAGAAAAAUUCUCGUCGCGAGCACGGACGGGCAUCAUCAGCGUAAAAAGCGAGCAACGAGAACACAACGUGAAAACGGGAUAAUUAUCUGCAGAAAGCACCACGGAAAGUGAUUCGAUCCGUAUUCGAUUUCAACGACGCCAACAGUGUUUGAAGUGCGUAGCAAAACGACAUUUUUCGGAAAUCGACGGUGCUUGGAUCGAAAAUUCGUGAGUUUUCCUACUGCGGAAAAGGUUUUCGUUUCGCCUGACGACGAAGACGUCCGUCGACAAGGAGAGCUGAUCAUCAGUCGCGCAUACACAAACACACCGACGCACUUCAUUCGAACGGAGAGCAGCAGCAGCAGCAAAUCGGACGAAAAAUGGCGUCGAUAGAUUCGCAAGCGAAAAACCGAAUGCAGGGUUUUAAAAACAAAGGAAAAGAUCAGGAGGAAAUGCGAAGACGUCGCAAUGAAGUCACCGUAGAACUGCGCAAAAACAAACGUGAAGAAACCAUCCUCAAACGUCGUAAUGUUCCUCAGACGACGGCCGAAUCGACAGACGAAGACGACUACACAUCGCCGUCAAAUCUGCGCAAGCUAGUCGAAAAAGCCGGAAACAGUGCCGACAAGGAAGAACAGUUGGCCGCAGUUCAGGCGGCACGACGCUUGCUCUCAUCGGAUCGGAACCCUCCGAUCGAUUCGUUAAUACAGAGCGGUAUCCUGCCGAUUCUCGUUGGAUGUCUGGAACGUAACGAUAAUCAGCUGUUACAGUUUGAAGCUGCUUGGGCAUUAACGAACAUCGCGUCCGGAACUUCGUCACAGACCAAUCAAGUUGUACGCGCCGGUGCGGUCCCACUCUUUCUACGUUUGCUCGGUUCUCCCGCUGCCAACGUCUGUGAACAGGCAGUAUGGGCCUUGGGGAACAUUAUCGGCGAUGGCCCAUGUCUGCGGGACUACGUUAUCAAGCUCGGAGUCGUUCAACCACUAUUAUCAUUCAUCAAGCCGGAAAUUCCAAUACCGUUCCUGCGAAAUGUCACAUGGGUGAUCGUCAAUCUUUGUCGUAACAAGGAUCCACCACCACCGGUUGAUACCAUCCUGGAGAUCCUACCGGCGUUAAACAUGUUGAUUCACCACACCGAUAUUAACAUCUUGGUCGACACCGUGUGGGCCCUCAGUUAUCUCACAGACGGAGGCAACGAACAGAUCCAACUGGUCAUCGACAGCAGCGUUGUGCCGAAAUUAAUUCCCCUAUUAUCACACGUCGAAGUCAAAGUGCAGACGGCAGCGCUCCGAGCGGUUGGCAACAUUGUUACCGGUUCAGAUGAUCAGACGCAGGUUGUGCUCAACUGCGACGCUCUGUCUCACUUCCCUGCGCUGCUCAGUCAUCCUAAAGACAAGAUACGCAAAGAAGCAGUAUGGUUCCUUUCGAAUAUUACCGCUGGAAAUCAAGCGCAGGUGCAAGCCGUCAUCGAUGCCGGAUUGUUGCCCAAGAUAAUCGAAAACCUAAGCAAGGGUGAAUUCCAGACGCAAAAGGAAGCUGCCUGGGCGAUUAGUAAUCUUACGAUUAGCGGCAACCGUGAUCAGGUGGCGCAGCUCAUUCGGGACGGUGCCAUUCCGCCGUUCUGCGAUCUGUUGACAUGCAAGGAUACGCAAGUUAUCAAUGUCAUCUUGGAUGGAAUCAACAACAUGCUGAAGCAGGCCGGUCCGCAUACUGAAGAAAUUGCCAACAUGAUCGAGGAAUGCGACGGUGUGUCCAAAAUCGAAGUCUUGCAGAAUCACGAAAAUAUUGAAAUUUAUAAACUGGCAUACGAUAUUAUUGAGCAGUUCUUCUCGGAUGAUACCGAUGAAGCGGUGCUGGACGAAUUGAGACCAGCGGCGGAUGAGAACGCGUUCCAGUUCAACCAGAACGCGAAUGUGCCCAGAGAUGGAUUCAACUUUUAAGGCAAGUUAUGUACCAAGCACACCGUACACACAAGAAACUGUAAGCAAGAAAAGAAUCAACCAAAAUCUUCCUGGAAAUGAAACAAAAUUACACACUCCACACUAAGUUGAUAGAACCAUAACGGAAACAAAUCGCGCGCGUCUAGAAUCUUUCAAAAGUGUCUCACACAUCCUAUUCAGAAGAAACGUAACAACGGAUCGGUUGAUUAUUAGUCAGUAAAUCAAAAGCUGUAGUAGCUGUACUAGCGUUUACACACAAAAACACACACACUCCCUCAAACAAUCGCGCACGUGGAAAAGCAAAGCAAAUAGCGAAGCCUAGUUGAAAAGGCGGAAAGGGCGGCAAGCAUUAAGCUUGAAAACUAUUACUAGUUUUCACUUAGGAUUUUCUUCAAAUCUUAUUAAUGGAUAUCUAUUUAUUAUUAUAUAAAAGAAUAGAAAGCAGCAUUAAAACAGAACACAAACGAAUCAUGCUGAAAGGACAGCUUAGGAAGGACUAUCUGACGAACGAAACAGCAAUGCCAUCAUCAGUCAUACAUACACUCACGCAUACGUACAUACACAUAUACACAAAGACGCUUAAGCAGGAAAAAAAAACUCAUACAAACAUACGACAUUAUUGUUUUAUAACAAUUUUUCUUCAGGUUCUGUUUUGAUAGAAAUCAAAAAAAUGUGAAACGUAAAUUUACUCGUUAGAUCCUUCUCUUCUUCGACGUUCGAGUGUCUCUCUUAGGGAAGCGUUUAUUUGUAUCUCAGUUUUUAAACAAUUGUUAGUGUUUAUUAGUUUUUUUUAAUGAAAUAGAAGGCACUUAUCCUAUAUGCUUAGAUGUAGCAUCAAUGGUUGUUUGCGCCUCGCUCUUGAAGAAGGGAAGGAUGCAAAAUGGGACAAAUUUUCUUGGGUAUGGGGAGAAUCUCCAAAGUGUUUCUCCUACAAUUUAGGAAAGGUGCUGUGUGAUGAACGAAAUCACAUUCGGACUCUCACACAGAAGAUAGCAGAAUAAAACUGAAGCAUACAAACACAAAAAACAGAAGCAUUAGAGAAAUGUUGCUUUUAAAUCCAUUUAGCAAAACGAAAAUGUAAGGAGAACUAUUUUGUUCCAUGUAAAAAGGCAUAUUUUUAUAUUGUAAAACAUUAUAAUGAUCGAAAUAAACCAAUGGACUGUAAUUUAGUUAUUUUGUUGGGUGUCGUUAGCCCCUAGUUAUUUGGAACCGGGGCAAAACGUAAGAAAAUUGAUCUUGAGUUAGUCCCCUCUCGAAGGGAAAACCAAUAAAUUUGAGAAAAAACCUCAACAGUCUGAAGAAAAGUCAGCAGAGAAACUUCUCAUAUUUUUUUCCGAGCCAUGAUAGGCUUUUCCUUUUGAUUAAGUUUAAGCUUUAAUUGUAUAAAACGAAGAACGAAUUGUGAAGUAAAAUGAAUACAAGACUCCUACUUAGAAAAAACAUGAGGGCCGCGGUUGAUUUUUUUGCCCACUGCGUGCCCUCAAAAAUCAAAGCCACAAAUACUAUAUAAUAAACAAAAGAAAAACUAUCAAUUGUGCGGGUGCUUAAAACUUUAAGUGCUGUCCAAUGAAAUUGGACCAGUCGCACCCGUUGAAUUUUUGUAACUAUUUCCAACUCAGAACCAGUUAUAGAGGUUGCCAGUCCCUUGCGCGGGUAGCAGUGGAUGAUGCUCAUGCCACACGUACGUGACACGACACGACACUUUAGGAAUUUUUAACAAAUUUACGUUCUUGUCCAGCAGCAGCGCGAAACAGGCAUUAGGCCAUAUUGCGACGGUAUAACAAAAUGGAAAUUGAGGCAAGCGAAGAAGAUAGAAGAUUGCCUUUUUGGUGGUUGAA